AUUUUUGAACUUGGGUUAAAAUCUGACAGUAAAUUUUUUAUCAGUCAAUCAAGACAAGACGAUUGCAUUCUAGCAAAUGUUACAAUAGCUCGUUUCAGCAAUAUUACUAUAUAUUUAAUUCUGUAAAUAGUUUGUGUGCUCAAAAUGCCUCCUAAAGAACCUCCGAAAGAACGAUAUAUACCAAAUGCUUUAAAAUUUGCAUUCGGUGGCGGUGCCGGAAUGGCCGCCACAUGUGUGGUCCAACCACUGGACUUGAUCAAGACGAGGAUGCAGCUUGGCGGUGGAAACUUAUCUAGUUUCAAGGUGGCCAGCGAGAUUAUAGCCAAGGAAGGUUUCUUUGCACUCUACACCGGUCUAUCGGCCGGUCUGCUCAGACAGGCCACAUAUACAACCUCCCGUCUUGGUGUCUACAACUGGUUGUUUGAUUCAUAUAAGCAGAAUUACGGCGGCACGCCCGGGUUCGGUAUAAAGGCGGCGCUAGGCGUGGCCGCGGGCUCAGUGGGCGCCUUUGUAGGCACGCCCGCCGAGGUCGCCCUCAUCCGGAUGACCGCCGACGGCCGUCUGCCCAAAGAGCAGCGUAGGAACUACAAGAAUGUCGUCGACGCUAUCCUCAGGAUCAUCAAGGAGGAGGGUGUGCUGAAGCUGUGGCGCGGCGCCACGCCCACCGUCAUCCGCGCAAUGGUCGUCAACGCGGCGCAGCUCGGCACCUACUCACAGGCUCGCGAGUGGUUCGUGGGUAUUGUACCUGAUGGUAUUCAGUUGCACUUCUGCGCCUCCAUGGUGUCCGGCCUCGUCACCACCAUCGCCUCUAUGCCCGUCGACAUCAUAAAGACCAGAAUUCAAAACGCUGCCAAAGGUCAAAGUCAGUUGUCCGUGGUGACCUCCAUCUUGCGCAACGAAGGCGUGUUCUCCCUCUGGAAGGGCUUCCUGCCAUACUACACCCGCCUCGGGCCACACACCGUACUCACAUUCAUAUUCCUUGAACAGCUCAAUACUGUUUACUUCAAAUUUUAUUAGGACAAAACUGAAACUGAAUGUCGCAAAUCACACUAAAAUCUUAAAAAAUAUAUCAGAAAAAUAACAAAAAGUCAUCUUAGUCUUUGGCUAUAGAAGUGAUAUUUACUCUUUGUCAAAUUAUCAAAGAUUAAAUAUCACUUUGAAUUCAGAAGUUCAAAAUAUUAAUUAGUCUUUGAAAUAAUUUUGACAAGUAAGCGACAUUCGGCCUUUUUUCAAUAAACUUAAAGUAUAUUUUUGUACAACAAACAGAUACUGAUAGUUUUAAAAGAUUUUAUAUCGAAGUUUAUAAGGUAUCGAAUACCACUGCUCCAAAGUAAAGUGUUUUACAUAAUGUAAGUAAACGUAAGAUUAUAUUAUGUAUAAAUUACAAACAAAACAAUUUAACUCGAGUAUACCAUAUGCAAAUAACAUCCUUGCAAGUGUUAAAAUUUAGAUUCAGUAUUUUCUGUUUCGCUUUUACGUAGACGCUUUUAUAUAGAAAAGUUUCUGCUACAAUUUUAGUAAAUAACAAAGAUCUUACAUACAUAGACAGAAAUUGAUAAUUUUUAGUAUUUUCUUCUUUUUUGUGAGAGACUUGGCAUUGGUAUUUUUGUGUGAAGAAUGUUUUGCUUUAGAAAAAGAUAUAUAAAAUAAUUCCAUUUAUGUAUGUAAUUCUUUGAAAACUAGUUGCUAUUAAUGUACAAUAGUUUUAGUUCCUAUGUUGCCAUAAAGAUUUAACAGCAAAAAAUACGCUCAAAAGUGAAAAAAUGCUAUAAUUAUUGAAACUGACAAAAUGAAUUAAAAAAACACAUUUUUUUU